AUGCCCCAAGCUUCCAGCCUUCCCGCCUGGGCCGAGCUCCAGGCUCACCGCGACAAUGUUGGCAAGAACUUUGUCCUCAAGGAGGCCUUCGCCAACGACACGGACCGCUUCGCCAAGUUCUCCCGUACCUUCAAGAACUCGGCUUCGGGUACUGACAUCCUCUUCGACUUCUCCAAGAACUUCCUGACCGAUGAGACUCUCGACCUCCUUGUCAAGCUCGCCGAGCAGGCCGGCGUCGAGAAGAAGCGCGACGCCAUGUUCGCUGGUGAAAAGAUCAACUUCACAGAGAAGCGCGCCGUCUACCACGCCGCCCUUCGCAACGUCGGCGACUGGGAGAUGAAGGUCGAUGGUGUCGAUGUCAUGUCCAAGGAGGGCGGCGUCCGUGACGUCCUCAACCACAUGAAGGAGUUCUCCGACCAGGUCCGCUCCGGCGAAUGGAAGGGUUUCACCGGCAAGAAGCUCACCAACAUCAUCAACAUCGGCAUCGGAGGUUCCGAUCUCGGCCCCGUCAUGGUCACCGAGGCACUCAAGCACUACGGUGCCAAGGACCAGACCCUGCACUUCGUCUCCAAUAUCGACGGCACCCACAUUGCCGAGGCCCUCGCCGACUCGGACCCUGAGACCACCCUAUUCCUCAUCGCCUCCAAGACCUUCACCACUGCCGAGACCACCACCAACGCCAACACGGCCAAGUCGUGGUUCCUUGAGAAGACGGACGGCAAGGGUGAUAUCGCCAAGCACUUCGUCGCCCUGUCCACCAACGAGGAGGAGGUCACCAAGUUCGGCAUCGACGCCAAGAACAUGUUCGGCUUCGAGAACUGGGUCGGCGGCCGCUACUCUGUCUGGAGUGCCAUCGGCCUUAGCGUCGCCAUCUACGUCGGCUUCGACAACUUCCACAAGUUCCUUGCUGGUGCCCACGAGAUGGACAAGCACUUCCGCGAGACACCCUUGAAGGAGAACAUCCCCGUCCUCGGCGGUCUCCUCAGUGUGUGGUACUCUGAUUUCUUCCAGGCUCAGACUCACCUGGUUGCUCCCUUCGACCAGUACCUGCACCGCUUCCCCGCCUACCUUCAGCAGCUGUCAAUGGAGUCCAACGGCAAGAGCAUCACCUCAGACGGAACCCCCGCAAAGUACACCACCGGUCCCAUCCUCUUCGGCGAGCCCUGCACGAACGCCCAGCACUCCUUCUUCCAGCUCGUCCAUCAGGGCACCAAGCUCAUCCCCACCGACUUCAUCUUGGCCGCCAAGAGCCACAACCCCCUUGCCAAUGGCCUCCAUCAGAAGAUGCUUGCUUCCAACUACUUUGCUCAGGCCGAGGCCCUGAUGGUUGGCAAGACCGCUGACGAGGUCCGCGCUGAGGGCACCCCCGAGGAGCUUGUUCCCCACAAGAUCUUCUUGGGCAACCGCCCUACCACGAGCAUCCUGGUCGGUGGCCACAUCGGUCCCGCCGAGCUCGGCGCUCUGAUCGUCUACUACGAGCACCUUACCUUCACCGAGGCUGCCGUCUGGGACAUCAAUGCCUUUGACCAGUGGGGUGUUGAGCUUGGCAAAGUUCUUGCUAAGAAGAUACUCAAGGAGCUUGACGAGUCUGGCAACGGCCAGGGUCACGACGUCUCUACUGGUGGCCUGAUCGGAGCCUUCAAGAAGUACUCCAACUUGUAA